CUCCUCCACUCAAAUCUCAUAAUCCACUGCAAACGAAAGAGAUCAUACCCUCUCGUUUUCAUACUUCUUCACCAACUCCUCGCAACCCCAUAAAACCAUCACACUUUCUUGCUCUUGCUCUGCUUUAUCAACUAGCAUUGCAGUCAUGGCUACUGCAGUAACUGCCACGGGCUCUUUUCCAUCAUCCAAGUCAUCUUCUCUGUCCUCCAGAACCUCUAUAAUCUCACCAGAAAGAAUUUCCUUCAAGAAGGUUCCUUUGCAGUACAGAGAUGUUUCUGUUGGUGGAAGAGUGGUUUCGAUCAGAGCCCAGGUCACCACAGAGGCUCCUGCAAAGGUUGCCAAGGAAUCCAAGAAAAUGGAGGAAGGCGUGGUUGUGAACAAGUACAAACCGAAAAAUCCAUACACUGGAAGAUGCCUACUUAACACUAAGAUUACUGGUGAUGAUGCUCCUGGAGAAACUUGGCACAUGGUCUUCAGCACUGAGGGGGAGAUCCCAUACAGAGAAGGGCAAUCAGUUGGGGUAAUUCCAGAUGGUAUUGACAAAAAUGGCAAGCCUCACAAGCUGAGGUUAUACUCAAUUGCCAGCAGUGCCAUUGGUGACUUUGGAGACUCCAAAACAGUUUCUCUGUGUGUGAAACGGCUAGUGUACACCAAUGAUGCGGGAGAAAUUGUUAAAGGAGUAUGCUCAAAUUUCUUGUGUGACUUGAAAGCUGGAGCUGAAGUGAAAAUGACAGGACCUGUUGGAAAAGAAAUGCUUAUGCCAAAAGAUCCCAAUGCUACCAUCAUCAUGCUUGCAACCGGAACUGGAAUUGCUCCUUUCCGCUCAUUUUUGUGGAAAAUGUUCUUUGAGAAGCAUGAUGACUACAAGUUCAAUGGUUUGGCGUGGCUCUUCUUGGGUGUCCCCACAAGUAGCUCACUGCUUUAUAAGGAGGAAUUUGAGAAAAUGAAGGAGAAGGCCCCCGAAAAUUUUAGACUUGACUUUGCUGUGAGUAGAGAGCAAAAAAAUGAGAAAGGUGAGAAGAUGUACAUCCAAACCCGAAUGGCUCAGUAUGCAGAAGAGCUAUGGCAAUUGCUUAAGAAGGAUAACACCUUUGUCUACAUGUGUGGGCUGAAGGGGAUGGAAAAGGGAAUUGAUGACAUAAUGGUUUCAUUGGCUGCUAGAGAUGGCAUUGAUUGGGCGGACUACAAAAAGCAGUUGAAGAGAGCAGAGCAAUGGAAUGUGGAAGUAUACUAAUGCCUGAUUACUUGUACAAAUUUCUCCCACUUCACUUUUAAGCGGCAACUGAUAAUGAUUUCCACUGCAUUUUCUGUAGAUAGGUAAUGCCUUUGUAAUUUUCCAUUUUAUAUUUGUCUUUUUUUUUUUUUAAUGCAGCAGUUGUAUUGGUAUAGCCUCCACAGGAGUUUUAUUUAUGAGGGGUCAUGGAUUAUAUAGUCAUAAAUAUAGUUGAAGCUAACUUCAACUUCUUUUUACGGAGAAUAA